CCAUAACAAUUUUAAACGCGUUCAUCGGACCAGAAAUCAACAGUCCGAGCUCUCAAUUUUGCCUCCAAGCCCGUCCUUUUGUUGUACAUCCAAUAUUUCAAGCCGCGAGCGCGGCGGCUACCUCUCUAUACACACGCAUACCUACAUACCUAGCAACCCCACAGCAGAGUACACACAUCGCGGGGGCGGCAAGUGCGAGCGCCCGCAUUACAAUAACAAAGUGAACCGCGCGCGACCGCUAAUGACAACAUUAAUAUCGAUAUUUUCCAUGGCCGAAUAAAAGGCUCUCGGCAGAGCGAGAGCGAGAGAGAGAAGCAGUUAUGCGCUUGCUCACGCCAUUUAGGGAAAUGUUUGCGCUCGCGUAAAUUUCUCCUGCGGGAGCAGCUGCGGUGGAAUUCGAGUUAUACCAGGCUGGCUGCUACUGGCGGAGAUUUUUCAGAGCCACGUCGUUGCAGCAGCACUAGUGGUCCUGCUGCGGGAGUGACGCAAUUCGUCCGAGGGACUGUUGAAAUUUUAAUUCGAACGUUGCGCGUUGUUGUGGGGUCGGACAUAUUUUUUUUGUUUUUUUUUCGGAGAGAGGGAGUUCGUUAGGUGAGUGCAGUUUAUUUGAAAUUCAUUUUUGAAUAUCAAAUACUCGCGGCGUUCUUUGCUUUGAUUUGGUAUUCAUUGAGGGAUUUAAUGGAAUUAUUACAUCAAAGAGAAUAAUCGCGCAGCGAGGCUCGGCCGAACGAGUACAUGGGCUGAGCUUUAUUAAAUUUUGCCCGGCGCGUUGCAAAAUGUCGAUGCUCCGAUUUUUUCCCCAAUUUUAUACAUCCUCGCGCGCGAUUCGAUUAAUAAAUGCUUUAUUCGUGGCACGUAUUUCUAUUAGACGCCGCGCUUUUGUAUUUUUCGAGAUGCAUCAACAACAAACGCAGUAUUGAUUAUGAGGGAAACACGUACACAGAGAGUCGAAAUUGAUAACGUUCACGUUUGCUAUUUGCUUGAAAUGUGGCACAUUUCGCUUCAGCCGCAAUAUUGACGUUAUCGCGAAUCGAAUAUACCACUUGAUUGAAAUCCAUUAACUGAUACACGUUUAUUUCAUUUACUCCGUUUCAACAGAAACAAUUUAUUUUAAGUGAAAAGGUAACGAGAUAGAUUCUCCUCCUCUCCCCCCUGGUAGAAACAUAAGCUUACGAAUCCGGUAGCUUAAUAACGAUAAGCUUAUAUUGUUAAUAAAAAUAAGCUUAUAUAUUAACUGAUUAGAAGCUUACAUUCAGUUAACUAUACUAACAACCAACAGCUAUAAUGCGAUCAUAACCUCUUUCUAUUUUAAAUGGUAUUACCAAUAUUAAAGUUUUACCAAUGAUUUAUCUCUCAUAUCUUUCGUAAGUUCAUUACUUGUGUCCCCUUGUGUGUACAAACUACAACAAAUAUAAUCGAAAUAAGUUUAUAUGAGUGAGAGCAACGAAUAUCGUAACCUUAUGUGUGUGUGUGAGAGAGAGAGAGACACCUAUAUGAAUUACUGCGCAUAUGCAUAUAUAUAUCGGCCUGGGCGUUGAUCAGAGCGUGGUCACGUUGUUGCUCCGAAAUUGUUUUAACACUAUAGUGUAAUUUAAAGUUAAUCUGUGCUAACAAUAAAAGUUUGUAGUGAAAUAUCAAGUGUUGUGAAGUCAAGCAUCAACUUGAAAAUUUAUAAACUUAAAACUUAACCUCCUAACCUAUAAAUUGCUUUGAGUGUAGUACACUUUAUUUUCUUUUGGAGUUUUGACUUCAUCAAAAUGAGCAAAAGAAAUAAAAAUUGCAAAGCUUUCCGUAAAAACAAGAAACAAAAAAAACUGGACUUCUUAUUAGAAGAAUACGAUGGUAUGAUAUGUGAUACAGAAAGUGAGUGUCGUACAUCUUUUGUGAAAAAUGAAGAAUCAAGUAUUAUUCAAGAUUGUUUUAAGAAAGAGAGUGAGAGUGAUAAUCCUUCAGACGACAAUCAAGCGGAGUCACAGGAUGAUAAGUUCUCUCAGUCAGAAGUGGUUCAACAAAUUCAAGAAUGGAUUGUGGACACGCAAACACCUCAAGUACAUUCAGACAAAUUGUUGAAAAUUAUGCGAGUAAAAGUUUUACCAACAUUGCCAAAUUACACUAAAACUCUUUUAAAGAGUAAUGUGAAAUUUGACAUAAAACAAAUGGAAGUAGCUGAUGGUACAUUUGGCGAGUUCCAUUAUUUUGGAAUGAAAAAAAAGUUGCAAGAUACAGUGAAAGUUGAAUGUCAUGAAACACAAGUAUUGGAAUUAAUGUUCAAUAUACAUGGGUUUUCACCAUUUAAAUCUAGUUCUGUUACUGUUUGGCCAAUACUUUGCAAAGUGUACACCAAACAAGAUAAACAUUAUCAACCUUUUAGUGUUGCAGUGUAUGCUGGUAAAGGAAAGCCAAAAUGCUCGUGUGAAUAUUUAAGUGAAUUUGUUCAGGAAUUGCAAGACUUAUUGACUAAUGGACUAAAGAUUAAUAAUCUGCAUUUUAAAGUGAAAAUCAAGCAUUUUUGUUGUGACACUCCUGCCCGGUCAUUUAUAAAAUGCAUACUUGGCCAUACAGCAUUUCGUGCUUGUGAGAGGUGUAGAGUCCUUGGCAAGAAAGUUGACGGAGUAACUGUAUUUCUGGAAGUCGAUGAGCCUAGAAAAACAGACGAAGAUUUUCUCAAUUUUAUUGACUCAGAAUGUCAUACUGCAGUAUCAUUGCUGAGUAUAUUGAAUCCUCCAGUCAAGAUGGUAUCACACUUUGUUCUUGAUCCAAUGCAUAUUUUAUAUCUUGAAUGUACAAAGAGAAUUUUAGAAUUUUUGCUGUCCCCUUCGAAAAACAAGAUUCGAUUGAGUGCAACUCAGAAACUUGAAUUGGAGCGUAGAAGUGUGUUGUGAAAAAGCUCCUGAUUUAUUCGGACCAACAUUCAUGUCACUUAACAUUCAUAACUUGAUACACAUCUGUGACGACGUGGAAAAUUUAAGCUGCAAUUUUAAUGAACUUAGUGCAUUUGCUUUUGAAUCUUAUUUGGGAAAAAUUAGUAGUGCAUUACGAUCAGCAAACCAUAUAGUGGCUCAGUACUGUAGAAGAGUUCAAGAAAAGGACAUGUUCGCUGUUCACAUCAAACAAUAAUCCAAGUGUUUUAAUUCUACAAGAAGAUAAAACUAAAGUUAUUAAAGUUAAAUAUUGUGAAAUGAUUCUAUCACAUAGCAAUCCGAACAAAACAGUUCUUUUACAAGACAGAAGUGUAGUUGAGAUUGAAAAGAUUUAUAAGCACGCUGAUGACAGCAUUCGAGUUCAAGUGAGAAGAUAUUUGAGAAAAGAAAAUAUUUUUGAUCAACCGUGUAAUUCAAGCAGUUUAAAUAUGUGGCAAGUCAAUCGCCUUUCCCCAACAGUCAUAGAUAUACCAUUGAAGUCGAUUGUUCAGAAAUUUGUUAAGCUGACAAUGAAUUAUUCAGACUCACCAGAAGAAACAAGAAUAUUCGUAAUUCCAUUAAUGCACUAAACAUUUUUCCAAUACUUAGUGAUUAUGGACUGAAGAGGUUAUAUAUAAGUGUGUUUGGUGAGUUGAAAAAGUUCAUUCUUAAUUUUAUUAUUUUAUUAUUAUAAUUUUUCAACAUAAUUAAAAUUUUAAUUUGCUUCAUAAAGUAUUAUAAAAGUAACCUUAACUUAACCAAGUAGAGUUUUUAUGAUUCAAAUUUUCCCGCCCUUCAUUCAAUGAAAAUCUAAUGUAAACAGUGCAUUUGAAAGGUUUGAUAUAACACCUGUUUGAGUGUGACAUUAGUCUACACUUUUCUCGUGAUUGUAGUGAUCUCUUACUGUGUUUAUCAUCAAGUAAAUAAUAAACAUUAGCUUUCUAUAUGCAGUUUUUAUUUACUUUCAUAAAUUUCAUUCAAUUCUUUCAAGAUACAAAUGUGAUCAGUGUGAUAACCUCAAAUCUGCUUUUUUUCAGAAUGUCUGAUAACAGAUACAGUGACUCUGACAGCAGCAGUGGAGAUGAUGAAUUGAAAGAGUUUGUCCUGGUGGAGUUCAUACACCGUGGAAGAAAAAAAAAGUGUGAAUCUGCAGAUAUUGUGCCUUCAAAAUGGUUGGAAUUUGAUAACACACGCAAGCGAUGCCUUACCAAGUUUCUAGAAUCUCCAUAUGGACCUGAAGAUAUUGAGAUGCUACACACUCUAGUUAAAGAAAAAGCAGAUGCACCAGAAAAUUGGCCAGUUUAUCCAGUCGAAGUAAGGGGACGAGCAAGUACUUAUGAAAGAGCAGUGGAAAAAAUUGGAACGUUGGAAAAAGGAGGAAAUGCCUUUACAACCGAUGAUGAAAGUGCCUCAGAAAUCAAGUCCAAGAUGCAUAACGCUGUUCGCCAAAAGCAAUUAAAAGCACAAGCAAAGCUUUUAACAGAGAAGUUUUUACCAGGAAAUAAAGUGACGAAUAAUUAUUCUCAAAAAAAUGAUAAAGAGUCAACCUCGGAGUCAAGUUGUGGUAUUCAGAGACGAGUCGACUUUGCAGUACCAAGUACAUCAGGAAUACCAAGUAGAUCUACAAAUGCUCAUGAAACCCAGCAACCUAAAGAAGCUACGGUAUCUAUUAAUGGACUACGCGUAGGUAAUGGACUACACACUGAUAAUGGACUACGCCCAGCCCAAGAACCAGUUAACAAUUUGGAUGCUGUCGAACUUGAGCUCAACAACGAUGACAACAAUGAAAAUCAAGAGUUGCAUGAACCUAUUGAUAACUUGGUACGACAACUGAAUAUUCCAAUAGUUCAAUUGGGAAAUUAUGAAAAUUUUGAGACAUUAGUGUUGACUAAACUUAAUCAGAUCACUCUCAAGCUUGAUGAUAUCAUAACCUCUUUGAAAGAUGUCCAGAAAAAACAAAAUGAUACUGAUACAUUUUUGAUGGACAAAAGUGUAGUUCAGCAUCAGGGGAAAAUUAAAAUAGACUUUCUCAAGAAGUAUAAAUUGAAGCUACCGAUAGAGGAUAUGGAAACUUUCAAAAUCUUUGAUGCGUCUCUGACAGUAGGAGAUCAAUUUUUGAAAGCUGAUGUUUAUAUAGAAUUAACAUCGCUAGUAGAUGAACUUGGUUGUAUAACCAAGAGCUUCAGCGCAAUGAUGAAAAGGUUCAUUGCGAAGGAUGUAGCAGUGCAAUUUACAGCAGCUAGAAAGGCACGUGAUCCAACUAAAGAACAAGGGGCUGGAAAAUUCAAAGACACUGCACUCUUUCAAUGCAUGAGUGUUGUAAUGGUUAGUGCAUCAAUAAAAAGAAAUGUGCUGGUAUCGAAUAAAGACUUAAUCAGAGGCUUAAGUUCCAUAGUUUGCGGUGCUAAAAAAUGGGAAUAAUUAUAUAUGUAUGGUUCGAAUGUUCUACGACUUCAUUGUAAUAUUAUGUUAUUAUAUUGUACUUAUAAUUAAUAAAUAUUUUGUAUUAAUGCGAUGCCAAAAACUAAAAGUAAAAUGCUUUUAUACGUAAUCCACAUAUUGUUUAAACAUGUAUAAAUACCCUGUAUCUAUUAAUAAUUAGAGAUUAUUAAUAAAGUUUGAAAAUAAUUUAAUAAA